CAGAAAAAUGAUCAAAAUAUACAAAAUGGAUCAAUGGAUGUUGAUCAAGAAGAGCACCAUUUGCUCCUUCAUUCUACCUUCACUCAUACUCUGCACAGUCAUAGUUUUACACAAUCUAAACAAAUCAAACUCCUUCACUUCCAUCACCCCAAAACAAAGCCUCAUAAAACACAACCAGAGUGCAAUCUAUCAAGUGACCAAAGACAAUUCUCAACAUUAGGUUCCAAUGAAGAAAAGGCUUGUGAUUUAUUUGUUGGAAAAUGGAUAAGAGAUUUUAGAGAAUCCAACUAUAACAAUUGGACUUGUCCUACAUUGCCUACUCUGAAGAACUGCUUAAAACAUGGGAAGGACUCAGAUUACAUCUACUGGAGAUGGAAGCCUGAUAACUGUGAAUUUCCAAGGUUUGAUUCAUCGAUGUUUUUAAGAACUGUUCAACGAAGAAAGCUGGCUUUCAUCGGUGAUUCACUUGCCCGAAACCAGAUGGAAUCCCUUCUUUGUCUCCUAUCUCAACUAGAGACUCCUGUGAACAAACAGAGAGAUGCUGAUGAUAAAUUUCAGACAUGGUACUUCCCUUCCCAUGAUUUCACCCUCAUGGUGAUGUGGACUGAAUUCUUAGUGGUAGGAAAUGAGAGAAUAGUAAAUGGAACAGCUUCUAAUGCAUUUGACAUUCAUCUGGAUAAGGUCAAUGGAAAUUGGAGUGAUAAACUAGAAGGGAUACACUAUGCUAUAAUCUCAAGUGGGAAUUGGUUCUUCAGGACAAACUAUUUAUACAAAGGUGGUAACCUUAUAGGGUGCAUAUAUUGCAGAGAUUCAAACCUGACAGACUAUGGACCUGUUUAUGCUAUCAAGAAUGCUUUAAGCACAAGUCUUGAGUUCAUAAGUAAGAGCAAAGAGUGUGAAGAGAUGGUGACAGUGUUGAGGACUUAUACACCUUCACACUUUGAGCAUGGUUCAUGGUUUAAUGGAGGGUAUUGCAAUAGGACUCAACCUUUGAGUGAGAGUGAAGUCAUGAGUUUGAAUGGACAUGCUUGGAGAAUUAGAGAGAGUCAAGUGGAAGAGUUUGGGAAAAUAGUUCAAAGUGUGGAGAAGAAGAAGAAGUUUGUGUUGUUGGAUGUGAGUAAGGCUAUGAUGUUGAGAGCUGAUGGACAUCCAGGAUCACAUUGGCCAAGGAUUAGAGAUAUUAGUGAUUGCCUUCAUUGGUGCUUGCCAGGGCCUGUUGAUUUGUGGAAUGAGUUAUUGAUGGUGAUUCUAAAUAAAUAAUUAAUGCAGUUAGUAAUGGUUUUUAAUAUGUGUGUGUUUUCAGUUCUUUGAUUAAUUGAUGUUUGAAGACUGACAUUUGUGAUUCAAUUGUUAAGAUGGUUUG